GGAUAAUCGACACAAUACGAAUUUUACACUUCCAUGUAGAAAAGGACUGCACGCAAUGCCAACCAAUUCGCGGCAAGAAAACAUCUUCCUAGAAAAAAUGCCCCUUGAAAUGUAUAAAAAGUGGGUAUACUUCAUUUUGUACAUAUCCUUCUGGGCGGUGUUCUUUACCUUUUAUUCCUUUUUAAAAAAAAUGGCUGCCCCAUUUGAUUUCUUCGAUGCGUUUUCGCAACACUCCUGAGGUCAGAUGUACGGGCACACGUGUUCCUAUCGAAGGCAUGCAUAAUGAGGAGCGGACGAGUGAUGAUUCUAUGCCUCCUCAUACUUGCACAGAUUGACCUUUACGCAUGUGCUAAAAUGGUGCGCAAGGGAGGCUGCACUCCCUUUCUUUCGAAGGCCCCCCAAGUGAAAAGAAAAAAAAUGAAAGUUAACCUCAAAAGUGGGUGUACCUAUCUAACUGGGAUUAAGCCAAGCGGCAGCAUCCACCUGGGGAAUUACAUCGGGUGCCUAAACCCAAUCAUAAACCUGGAAGCCAAAAGGAACGCCCACUUCGAGAAAGGAAAAACAAAAAAAACGGUGAAGAUAUACAAAAUUAUACUAAUAGCAGAUUUGCAUUCCUUAACAAGCUUAGAUAAUCUCCCCACGUUGAGAAAAAACGUCGUCGAUUCGGUUAACACCAUUCUCUCUUUAAUUAUAGACAUGUAUGUAAAAAAAAAAAAAUACAUACAGGUUUUCAUAAAUAAUGUAAAAUUAGAGCAUCUGUUGCAAUUGGGCAAGACGAAUCAGCUGCUGAAGGAAGAAAUGUUCCAACAACUCACACGUGGCAAUACUAACCGAGUUUGCCAAUUUUACUCAUUUUUGAAAAACGCAUCAGGAAAUGAAUCUUCAUAUGUGAAGCAUAAUAGUGAUACCUCCCACACGCAGAAUAUCCCAUGCAGUGACACAGAUACACCGUUCAAAAUACACUUAGAAAAAAAAAACGAACAGAAUGAACGAACAAAGAUCAAAAAAAAAAUAAAGCAGAAACAUUAUUUCUCCAUAUUUAGACAGUCGGACAUUGCACAACAUACGUCACUCUACUAUUUGAUAAACUCCUUCACGUCCGUUAACAUGCUGAACAAACAUGUGCAUGUGAAGAACGUGCCAAAAAAUAAAUCCGUGGCGUUACUUUCUUACCCCAAUUUAAUGCUAGCAGAUAUUUUGCUAUACAAACCAGAUUACCUAAUAGUAGGAGUGGACCAAAAAAAAAACGCCGAAGUGAUGAAAACAAUUUCGAAAAAAAUUAAUUCGUACUUUCCCCAUAUGAUAAGUUUACCAAAAAUAUUCCCCUCCAAAUUUUAUGUCCAAAUAAUGAACCUUGAUGGACAGCAAAAAAUGAGCAAACAUAGCAGUGAUGACCUUCCUGCAAAUGUUAAAAAUGCACAUAACAUUAUUUACCUCUUUGAUGAAAAAAACAUAAUAGAGGAAAAAAUUAAAAAAAGUAAAACGGAUAAUUACAACGAAUUAAUUUACGCCCAACCUGACAGGAAAGAAAUUAACAAUCUUAUAAAUUUGUUCUUCUUUUUUUACCACUACAAAAUGGGGGGGUUACCUCUCCAUCUGAGUGAACCAGGCCGUGACGUGUCACCCCUGACCCAGCUUGCCGAUAAACUCUUCCAAACCAAACAAGAGCAAACUAAGCACAAUAAAUGUACAUCCUUUUCCGCUGCUUCAAAAGAUGAAACAAAUUACAACGACCAUGUUACCUCUUCAGAGAAGGUAUACCCCCAAGUGGCCAUGGACAAUAAAUGUGAGGAAGAAAAAUUACAUCCCUCACGAAAUAACAUAAACCCAAACAUUAACCCCCAAAUUGGAAACCAAAUUUUAUCAUGCUACAAUAAUAAUUACGCCACUUUCAAAUAUGAAUUGUCACACCUGAUUUAUGAGCACUUCCUUUUUCCCAAAUAUGUCUACUCCGUUCUCCAAUCGGACGGUGGUAACUUGGUUAAUCAUGUUUUGAGGGAAGGAAGGAAAUGCCUCUCCCGCAGGGCGGCCAAGACGUUCAAGAAUUUCAAAAAAAGGUUAAACAUUUAA